AUGGCCGGCACUACCUGGAACCUUAUCUGCUCAUCCAAGUCCAAGUCCAGGGCCAGGGCCACCACCACCGGCCCGACUGGCACCCUCCAGCGCGACACCACCUCGUCCACCGUCGCCUCUGGCUAUAGCACCACGUCGUCCAUGUCCUCAAGCUCGGCGUCGACCUCGUCCCACAUGCACCUCCCGCGAUACACCCGCUCCCCAACAUACGGCGAGAUGAAGCUGCCCCGCACUGUCAACCCCAAGGACGCCGCCACUGCCGCCGACCUCCAGCGCACGGCCACGGACAUGAGCAUCCUGCCACCCUCGUACGCCGAGGCCGAGAAGAAGCCGUCGACCAAGGAGCGCGUCCAGGCCAUCCGUGACUGGAUGUGCCCAUUCUCAAAGACGCACCCGGGCACGUUCUUCGGCCCCAUCCCGGACCGCGGGGCCAAGAUUGACAACAUGGCCGCGGCGCAGGCGCCAGGUUUCUGGUCGUCCUAA